AUGCGCGCGUCCUUCACCAGUCGGCCCACCUUCAUCUCCAAGGUAGCAUCAAUUCGCCCCAUUCCGCGGCUAAUAGCUACGACCUCGUCGUGGCAGCAGCAGACCCAUGGAUCGGAGCCGGAUCUCGCCCGGCUUGGCUCGAUCGCUUCUACCGAUGCAGGCCCACCGGACGUCAUUGCCGUCCGUUGA